AUGUCCAGAAAUCCCUUUGACGAUGAUUUCAACAGCAGUGGAAUUAACAAAACUAAUCAUGUGAAAAGCUAUACAAUGGCUCCAAAUUCCAUAGAAGACGAGGCUGAUUAUUAUGAAAAACAAAUUGAAAAGUACAUGCAAGAGUCUCUCGAUUCUACUGAACGCUCCAGACGUCAUCUGGAUAACUCGGAGAAGCUUGGAGUACAAACUGCUCAAGAUUUACUGGAACAAAGAGAAAAACUAGAAAGAACCGAAGCAAAUUUGCAAGAUAUUCGGCACACUACACAAAUUACACAAAGAAAUUUGAACAGUUUAAAGUCUUUCUUUGGGGGAUUCCUUAAAAACAAAUUCAGUCGUAAACCUCAAGAACAAGUACCAUCCGCGACAGUGCCUCCUUCUAAAUCUGCCUCCCAUCUCAAUGAUAAACUCACAGAACUCACACAGGGAGGUCCAAGCUCUGCUUCCUUCUCAGGUGGAUCGAGUUUGAGCGAUUCUUCGCGUGAUACACUGAAAGGCACACGCUGGGAAGAAAUGGACAAACAAAUUGAUUCGAACCUUGAUAGUAUGGCUGCCACUCUUCGCAACAUUCGAGGACUUGGUUUGGCCUUAGGCCAAGAAGUUCAGGACCAAAAUGAAAUGUUGGACCGAAUCCAUAACACUGCUCUUGGAAACGACGAGAUUAUUCGUUCUCAAGACAAACAGAUGAAAAAACUUUUGAACAAUGUGGACAGUAAGCAAGACGAUUCUUCAGCAGUCCCAAGCAUGGACACAUCGACCAAAAUGUCAUUGGCUAUGAAAGCUGGCUCUUUCCUCCGCUAA